AUGGAAAAAGUGGAAAUACCGCGAAAGCAGGAAGCGGGGGAGCACAGACUUGUCCCUACAGGUGGAGAGGUCCUGGCUUACCUGCUCCGAUUCAGUGAAGAUACUCAGUUGUGGAAUGCUCAAGUGAAGAGGCACCUGGCCAAACCCCAUUACAUUCCAGAAGAGACCCCUGGGUUAGGGGAUGUUGAGUCCUAUAUUCAUCGUUCUGGACGCACAGGUAGAGCUGGCCGGACAGGGAUUUGCAUAUGUUUUUAUCAACCCAGAGAAAGAGGUCAACUAAGAUAUGUGGAACAAAAAGCAGGAAUUACUUUUAAACGUGUAGGUGUACCUUCUACAAUGGAUUUAGUUAAAUCUAAAAGCAUGGAUGCCAUCAGGUCUCUGGCUUCCGUUUCUUAUGCUGCUGUUGAUUUUUUCCGACCAUCAGCUCAGAGAUUGAUAGAAGAGAAAGGGGCAGUGGAUGCAUUGGCUGCAGCAUUAGCCCACAUCUCUGGUGCAUCAAGUUUUGAACCACGAUCUUUGAUCACCUCUGAUAAGGGGUUUGUCACCAUGACUCUGGAAAGCCCAGAAGAAAUAGAGGAUAUCAGCUGUGCAUGGAAAGAACUUAACAGAAAGCUGAGUAGUAAUGCUGUGUCCCAAAUUACCAGAAUGUGCCUCCUAAAAGGAAAUAUGGGUGUUUGCUUUGACGUUCCCACAACUGAAUCAGAAAGGUUACAGGCAGAGUGGCAUGAUUCAGACUGGAUACUUUCAUUGCCAGCCAAGUUACCUGAAAUUGAAGAAUAUUAUGAUGGAAACACAUCUUCUAACUUCAGGCAGAGGAGUGGCUGGUCAAGUGGCCGGUCAGGCCGGUCUGGCCGGUCAGGUGGUCGAUCUGGUGGCCGGUCAGGUAGACAGAGUCGACAGGGAAGUCGGUCAGGAAGUCGACAAGAUGGUAGACGACGAAGUGGGAAUAGAAAUCGAUCAAGAAGUGGGGGCCACAAACGGAGUUUUGACUGAGUAUUUGAUAGUUAAGCUACCAGUGUGAGCUUGCCUAUUUCUGCCUAAUCAUGUACAUAUCCACCCAAAUUAGGUCAUCAUAGUUGAGGUAUGUGUCUGCUCUUUGCAAAGAAGUUGGUCAUAUUUUUUUAAAAAGUAUUUCACAAGAAUGGUUGUAAACAAAUCUACUUAUCCAGUUAUACCUUUGAAUAAAAAAACUCCUUUUAUUGUCUCUUU